AACAAUCAGGGUUUUUUUUGUCGUUCACUUUCACAGCCGGGGUAGCCUGUUGUUUGACAGCUCCAACAGACUUCUUAGCUUCGCGUUCCCGGCUGUGUACCUGCUUUUGAGUCGUUUCAUCCAGCUGAAAACGUAGUUAUAUCUGUUCUAGGGUAAAACCCGGUACCAACUGAGUUCGCGCGUUUUAUCAAGAAGCUUUAGUUCGCUAGCUAAAUAGCAUUGCUAGCGACAUCGGGCUAGCAUCGGGGAGCCUCCCAACAGCUGGAGGCUGGAGGAGCCACAUCGCCACCGUCUCAUUUCAUUUCAGUUCUGUGGUUUAUUCAUAGCUUCCUUGUAUUUCCACAUCUGGGUAGAUGUGUGUUUUCUUUAGCUAGUUGGCUAUUUUAGUAGUUCUUUUUUUCGUUAUUCUUCCAAUUGGAGUCCACUCUUUCUUCCUUCCUCUUUUGUUUACAUGGAGACACUUGAUCGGAAGUGCUUUGUUUUCAUGCGGUGCUCCUAUUAGGUUCGGACAACAAAGCUGGAGGGGGGGAAAAAAUGGAGAUUUUGAGGUAGCUAAAACCGAGGUAUUUCUCAACCAGAGCGAGAGGAUGAGCUGGGGUCUGACAGAGGACAGCUGUGCCACAGCUGGACUGUUUGAUUAGCGUGGGUGUUGGAUAAGAGAGGGGUUUGUUUGUUCCUAUUAAAGCUGAGCCUUAUGGGAGAAGGUAUGAGGAGACUUGGUGGUAAACCCUGGAGGAAGCUGGGCUUCUUUUUCACAGCAGAGAUGCUGACGAAGACGCUUCUGAUCGCUGGUCUUCUUAGCUGGGUGGAUUGUUUAGAGAACCAGAGCAUGAGCCCAGAGGAGAAGACCAACAUCAGAAACCAAAUUCUUGAAAUGUUCGACCAUGCCUAUGGAAGUUACAUGAAAUACGCCUAUCCAGCAGACGAGCUGAUGCCUCUCAGCUGCAAAGGGAGAGUGCGCGGAGAAGAACCCAACAGAGGGGACAUCGACGACUCCUUGGGGAAGUUCUCCCUCACGCUGAUCGACACCCUAGAUACUUUAGUGGUGUUGAACAAGCUGGACGAGUUCGAGGACGCGGUGAAGAAGGCCGUGAGCGACGUGCGCCUGGACAACGACGUGGUGGUGUCCGUGUUCGAGACCAACAUCAGAGUUUUGGGCGGCCUUUUGGGGGGACAUGUGAUGGCCGACCUGCUGAGGCAUCGCGGGGAGAGGAUGCAGUGGUAUCGCGGCGAGCUCCUCCAGAUGGCGGUAGAGUUGGGCCAUCGGCUGCUUCCUGCCUUCAACACCACUAGUGGCCUUCCCUACCCUAAGGUGAAUCUGCGGUACGGCACCUUGAACCCACUCUCACGCACCGGCACUGAAUCUGACACAUGUACAGCCUGCGCGGGGACGAUGAUCCUGGAGUUUGCUGCUCUCAGCAGACUGUCGGGAGAGUCUGUGUUUGAGGAGCAUGCUAGGAAGGCCCUGGAUGUCCUCUGGGACAGGAGACAAAGAGGAAGUGACCUGGUGGGAACUGUGAUCAACAUCCACAACGGAGAAUGGGUCAGGAAAGACAGUGGAGUCGGCGCAGGGAUCGACUCAUACUACGAGUAUCUGAUGAAGGCCUACAUUCUUCUAGGAGACGAUACAUUUCUACAGAGGUUCAACGUUCACUACACCGCCAUUAUGAAGUACAUCAGCCAGCCUCCUCUUCUGCUCAAUGUACACAUGCACAAUCCCACCGUGAGCGUUCGCAGCUGGAUGGAUUCUCUGCUCGCUUUCUUCCCUGGAUUACAGGUUUUAACAGGAGAUCUGAAACCAGCCAUAGAAACUCAUGAGAUGCUAUACCAAGUCACAAAGCAGCACAAGUUCCUUCCAGAGGCUUUUACUACGGAGUUCAGAGUUCAUUGGGGCCAACACCUCCUGAGACCAGAGUUUGCAGAAAGCACCUACUACCUCUAUAAGGCCACCGGUGACCCUUACUACCUCAGAGUGGGACAAUCCAUAGUGGAGAAGCUCAAUGCCUUUGCCAGGGUGCCUUGUGGUUUUGCUGCUGUGCAGGACGUCCGGACUGGGACACAUGAGGACAGGAUGGACUCGUUCUUUCUGGCAGAGAUGUUCAAAUACCUCUACCUGCUGUUUUCGGAUAAGAGCCAGCUGCCAAUUGACAUAGACGACUACAUCUUCACCACAGAGGCUCACUUACUGCCCGUCUCUCUCUCCACGACUCAAGCAGCCGCUCAGACCAACGUCACGGAGGAUGCUGCUGUUGCUCAUGAUGAGGACCUAUUUACACACUCCUGCCCCAGCACAGAGACAUUGUUCCCCAACAACCCAUCGUUUGCCAAAUCCAUAAGGGACGGCUACAAGUACCUGACCGGGGUGGGCCGAGCCUUCACCCCUCUACCUAUCAGGGAAAUUGAGCUACCGCUCCACGAUAACGUCAUGGAACCGGUGGAGUUCUUAAAGAGCAUGGGCAUCUCCCUCACCCCUCUGAAUGACAUUACCCGAGGAGACAGCGGUGGUCUGAAGCAUAAGGGAGUGUUUCGUGUAAAGCUCGUGGCAGAGGUGAGCCAGACUGCAGAGGAGGAGCUGGUGGUGCCGCACGUCGUUCAGCUCAUUUCCCCUCCGUUCCUGGGCAGGACGGCUCUCACCGCGGGACCGGCCAAGUUUGGGAUGGACCUCACCAAGCAGGAGCACGGGGUGAAAGGAACCAUAGUGAAAGCUGACCCCUACACCGCAUGUGGGCCAAUAGAAAAUGCAGCAGAGAUCAAAGGCCGCAUUGCGCUGGCAUUACGGGGCGACUGCAUGUUCGCAGCCAAGGCCCGUUGGCUUCAACAAGCAGGAGCCAGUGGAGCGAUCUUUAUAGAUAACCGCGAAGACAGCAACAGCGAGGAGACCCCCCUGUUCCAGAUGAUCGGAGACGGCGACUCCACCGAAGACAUCGCCUUGCCUUUGGUGUUUCUGUUCAGCCGCGAGGGCGCCGUGCUCACAGCCGCCCUGGAGCAGCAUCGCAACGUGGACGUGCUGCUGCUGCCCAAGGAGAGGCAGUUGGGACAGGAUAAGUCAGAAAAACCUGUCAGCAUGAACAUAAAACUCCGUCUCAGAGAGGAGGGCGAGCCGGAGGAAGGAGCAGCUCGAGGACCCAGCCUGGAGUUGGUUUUGGAGAACGACGAGGUCCUCCUUAAGGAAGGGGGUGAAGACGGUCUCGGCGGAGAACAGCAACCGGUCUGCGCUGAAGGCAGGACUGAACCCUGUUCUGAAGGCUCGCCGCAAUCCCCCAGCCCCAAAACCGGCCCAGCCACAAACCCUUGACUGACCUCUGCGGUUCCCUAAAGCGGCUUCUUGAUGGGUUUGUGGACAGCAUGUGGCCUCCUCUCUCUGCUCUGCAGCACAGCCUGCUUGUUUACAGAAGUACAGAGAGGAACUAAAAAUACGGCUCCAUGUUUAUGACACUGUGGAGUCAGCGGGGGGGGGAGUCCGCUCCGAACAGCAGGACGCCAUCCUUCCCCUUGUAGCUCCAACAUCUCCUGGCUAUGAUGAAGUGUCCAGUAGACCACGGUUUAAAGUCAUCCUAACCUAAUGGGAUGCUUAGAUGAGGUAAUAAAAUGUAUGCAAUUUGCUUUUAAUCUAGAUUGCACCUUUUUUAACUCAAUCAGAUACUGUUUAAAGAGUCCGUAACCGGCGGCGACGGCGGCGGCUUCCAUGAUUUCUCAGUUUUGCACCAUGUGUGAAGGUGGAUGAUGGAGACAAACUUGGGCUCAUUUGAAAAGUAAAUUUUUUGUGCUAGUUAGGAACUUCAGGGACUUGAUGAGUGAAUGCAGAAUGCAAGAGUGACCAAUUUAAGGGGGAAAAGUGCACAUUUUGAGCAGGUGUGUUACGCACUUCCUUUUUGCUAAUUAAAACAUUAGAUUUUGUGAGUGCAAAGUGUUUGAUAACUAGACUGAAAUAUUUUAAAAUACAACAUGGUUAAAACCUGAUCAUGAAAGUAAUAAAUUCAAGUAUAGAAAAUUAAUUGUCAUUAAUAUUUUAGAUUCUGGUCAGAUUUUUUUCACUGUUGGCUUUUCUUUCCCUUAACAUUAUUGCAUUUGUGCCGUACAUUUAAAGGAUGCUAAUUCAUAAUCACCUUGUUAAAAAAAAUGAGAAACAUUCAGCUCUAUAAUGUCUAGCAUAUGUGACGAUUAGCUGUGGGUUUGUUUUUGGUCGUUUGUGCCAACCAGGUUUAAAUCCCAUUUACUUUGUGGUGAGACCUCGCAUAGAAACAAAGGCUACGCAGUUUCAUCUCCAAACAAAAAAUAUUUAGGAACACUUUGCCUAAUUGAGUUGUGAAUGUUAUUUUUUAUUUUUUUUUCUUCCCUUCUUUCUUUCCACGUUUAACACGGUUUCACAAGAACUAGAAAACACUGUCCUGGGUGAAUUUUGGUGUUACUUGCACAGGUUAACAGUCCAGCUCUCGCACACUUGACACCUAACUUCGUAUUUCUCGGGCAUUAACAUGUGCAAUGACUUUAAUUAGCUGAUGUAAGAUUAAUAGAAUUGCUGGUCUUUGCUUUCAGGACUCAUAAGUUGGACGUUUUCCUUCCCGUUUUAAGUAUUAUGACGCAUAAAAAAAUGCUACUUGGCCAGUGGACCAUUUAUUUUUUUCCUCACUCUGUAGAGCUUAUUUUAGAUCAGAAAGCCCAAAAGGUUUUCUAAGGGCAAGGAGACUUUUACAAGUCUUAUUGCCAAGUUUUAUACCUCAGGUCUGUGCACAUUAUUUUCAUGCUGAUUAGAAUGACAACGGUGCAACGCGAGGACACUUUUUUUUUUUUUUUUGGUUAUAUUUUAGUUUUUCAUGUUAUUUAUUAUUCUGUUCAGCUGUUUCCUCUCAGUGCUGUUGGUCAGUGGCUGCAGCCUAAAAUGUGCCAAAAGGGAUGUAAUAACAUCCACACAUAAUUUUUUUUUCUUCAAUGAAAUCCUAUUAAUAGGUAUCACUCUUUUACUAACAUUUCUGUCAUUUUUUAGAAUCUGAAAGAUUUUAGGAGCAUCUGACUGCAUUGAACUUGAUGAUUUGCUUCUAGUUGUUGUUUUCUGUAUCCAUUCUUACUGUACAGUGACAUUUUAAUCUGUUUUGACCAAUCGAGAAAAUCUGAAACAUUAAUUUGGGUGAAUUUGAGAAUAAAGAUGUUUGUAACGUUCUGA